ACUGCUAAAAUUUCGCGCAGGCCAGCGCCAUCUAUUGUCGAUGUAAGAAAAUGUCAAAGGUUAUUUCGCGUCAGAUCUGUGAUCCUCAACACCAUCGAAGAGCUACGAAGUUUAUCUAAAAUCCGGAGGCAUCCUUCCUCCUUAUUAGUUUAUAAUAAUUUAGAAAGAUGAGUGGAGGAGUGUCAUAUUAUGGGAGUAAGAUAAGCCUAGUAUCGAAUGCUGGAAUUCGAUAUGAAGGCCAUUUAUUCUCGGUUGAUACUGCCGAUUCGACGGUGACUCUUUCGAAAGUACGUUCCUUUGGAACAGAGGACAGGCCAUGUGAUCAUCCCGUCGCCCAGAGAGAUGAGAUGUAUGACUACAUCGUGUUUAGGGCUUCUGACAUUAAAGACCUGAUGGUGUGUGAAGCUCCUAAACCUCCACAGACAACCUCCAUUGCCCAAGAUCCAGCCAUUCUGCAGCACUCGGGCGCAGUGAGCUCUACCACCAACCCCAGUUUUCGGCCACCCAACACCUUUGCGUCGGCUCCAGCUCCCUUUGCUCCAUUUAAUCAGCUCCCCUACCAAUAUGGUGCUAUCGGAGGUAUGAUGCCAAAUCAGUUUGCAGCAGGCCAGGUUCAGCGCCCUCAAAUAGGAGUUGGCAGGCAGACUCCUCCACCCAACCGCAAGUCGCCCACUAUGGAGCAGGCAGUCCAAGCUUCUGGUCCGCAGUCACCCGACAAGGACAAGAAGAAUGAGAGCAGCAGUAAGGGGAGGAAAGACCAUGACAAGAAUGACCAUCGUGAUCAGGAGCCCCAGCCGCAGAGGAGACGAGGAUCCCGUGAGGAACAGCGCAGGGGUGGCAACAACAGGGAUUUCAGGGAUGUGAGAGAAGAGGGGCGUAAUAGGGAUAACCAGGAUCGCUACCGAGACAAUCAGAACAGGGAUCAUGAUAGAGAUGGAAUCAGGAGAAGGAAUGAUAGAGGACCUCGGGAUCAAGGCCGCAGACCAGAUAAUCAACAACAACAGCAGCAACAGCAGCCUUACAGGAGGGGUCGAGGAGGACGUGGCCGUGGUCAUCGUCCAUUGAUGGCUAAAGAUCCCAUCAAGGUUGGAACAGACUUUGACUUUGACACAGCUAAUGCCCAGUUUGAUAAGGAGGCCAUUGAGGAUGAAUUUGAGAGCAAACUGAAGAUUGUUAAUGGGGAUGAGAAGUCAAGUGAGCAGGAACAUGAAGGGUCAGGGAGUGAGACGCCUACCAGUGAGAAUCAAGAUGACAAGGCAUUCUAUGAACCAGAGAAAUCAUUCUUUGACAGCAUCUCAUGUGAAUCAAAUAACCAAGAUGGAAAUCGAACUCGUCCUAGCCGCCGUGAAGAAUACAAGAUGAACACGGAAACUUUUGGAGUGCCGUUCUCCAGGGGACGUGGUCGUGGUAGAGGCGGAUUCUACCGGGGUGGUUACAAUAGAGGUGGAUACAAUAGCUACCAGGGCGGAUACAACAGGAGUGGUGGCGGAUACAGAGGCCGUAACAACUACCAAAGAGGUGGAGGAGGGGGAGGCGGUACAGCCUGGAAUAAUAGGAGGAAUCGCAACCAGGACUGGGGGCGAGGGGAUGCACCUCAGCGUAGGGACCGUGGAGAUGAUAAUCGUAGGAGAGAGGAUGGGAUCAGUAAAGGCACUACGGAAAGCAGCCAGAAAGAAGAUAUUAAAGUUGCUGAAGGAUCAUAGAAGAAAGGCAGACCAAAUGCCAAAUGAGCGUUUUUUUUGUACAAAGGACAAUUUUGUUCACAUUUGUGGCCAAAAGGAUAAGCAGAGCUUCACUGGAAGAGCUUGAUAUAGGAGCUAGCUAUGCAUGGCAGGAGCAGCAGUGCUAAUCAAUUCAUGGGAUCUAUAUAGUGCCUGGCUCAAAGGAAAAAAAAAAGAUGAUGAUAAAUAUAUUUCUAAAUAUUGUAGUAGAAUUAUUUUAUUGAUCAGUUCAAGAAAGGAGGUUAUCCAUACAUUGCCUACUACAUGUACAUGAUUAUUACAAGAGGAAUUUCUGAAGAGUCUCUCAGAGAAAGUUGUGUUGUAUUCAAGCUGUGGAUUCUUGCUUUAAAUUGGAAAGGAAGAAUUCCUUUUUUUAAUUAUGCUUUAUCUUUCACUUGUGGAACAAUCAAGUAAGGAUUUAGGCUGGAAAGAUGUCAAAAACUUAUUAGUUUUUGUGCAUUGUGAAAUAUAAUUUACAGAAAUCAAGUGUUAAUCUUGAAGGCAGUGACAAUGUUGUGUCCCAC